CGCUGACAGGGAUACGCCGUGACGUCACGCAGAAGCUUCCGGGCCCAUAGUGCUGGCCCGGUGAUGCUCAGAUUUACAUUUUUUUCCUUUAUUUUAUAUUCGCUUUAUAACGGACAAGCCAUAAUAAGGAGCAGACGCGUCUAUUUGGCGGGUUACACGGAUACUAUGGCGGAGCUGUGGUUACAAGGAUAACUAUAUUUGAGCCAGCGUCGCUGCGAAUCCGGCGUAACCUAGCGGUUGUGAACAGAGGUUUGAAUCGCUUCCGCCAUAAAGAACCAGUGUCUGCAAGCCUCAGCGGAUAGUCACCAUACUUGCAGAGCAUUAAGAAGUGCUGAGCUUCAUCUGUUUAAGAUGAAGUUAAAGGAGGACAUUAACCCCCUGCUGCUGCAGGUUUUUCGCUCUGUGGUCUGGGUCUACUCUGCCAUCACCUUCAUACCCUGGUACUUCUUUACUGGAGCUGGCACCAAUAUUGAACGGGCUCGUCGGAUCAAAGCACGCUCAGUUAGCGGAAACCCAGCAGGGCCCUACAGAGCCAGCAACAGUCAAGGCAAGCUGGUAGCAUGGAUGCUCCCUGGAGUUGACACCCUUGACAAAAUGUUUGAACAUGCUGCUAGGACGUUUCCAAAGAGAGACUGUCUGGGCACCCGGGAGGUACUCAGUGAGGAGGAUGAGGUCCAGCCUAACGGCAAGGUCUUUAAAAAAGUAAUUCUUGGGAACUAUCACUGGCUUUCAUACGAAGACACUUACCAGGCAGCAAAGCAUUUUGGAGGUGGUCUGGCAGCGCUUGGCCAAAGGCCUCAGUGUAACAUCGCAAUCUUCUGUGAAACCAGAGCAGAAUGGAUUGUAGCAUCACAAGCCUGCUUCAUGUACAAUUUUCCACUUGUGACCUUGUACGCCACUCUUGGACCCACUGCCAUCGCACACGGCCUGAACGAGACAGAGGUCACGCACAUCAUCACAAGCAAAGACCUGCUUCAGAACCGUCUCAAGGAUAUUCUGUGUGACGUGCCAAGGCUGCAGUACAUUGUUGUUGUGGACUGUAAACCCUCUAGCUGGGUAGACAUGCCCAGAGGCAUCAUGGUCUACAACAUGGAUGCUGUGAAGGAGUUGGGAUCCAAGGCUGACAACUUAGCAGUUGCCUGCAGACAGCCACAGUCCACGGAUAUCGCCGUCAUCAUGUACACAAGUGGUUCCACAGGCAUCCCCAAGGGUGUCAUGAUCUCCCAUGGCAACAUCAUUGCUGGUAUCACUGGCAUGGCUGAACGAAUCCCUAACCUCAAUGAAACAGACACAUACAUUGGCUAUCUGCCUCUGGCCCACGUUUUGGAGCUCAGCGCUGAACUAGUGUGUAUUUCUCACGGCUGUCGCAUUGGCUACUCAUCCCCGCAGACUCUUGCUGACCAGUCCACCAAGAUAAAGAAGGGCAGUAAAGGGGAUACCAGCGUGCUGAAACCCACUCUCAUGGCGACUGUCCCAGAGAUCAUGGAUCGAAUCUACAAGAAUGUGAUGACCAAGGUGGAGGAGAUGAGCAAAUUCCAAAAGACGCUCUUUGUGCUGGCUUACAACUACAAGAUGGAGCAGAUCUCUAAGGGUUACAGCACACCUCUCUGUGACAGUCUGGUGUUUAAACGGGUACGUGGACUCUUGGGAGGGAACAUACGGUUGCUGCUUUCUGGUGGAGCUCCACUCUCCGCUGCCACACAGCGCUUUAUGAACAUCUGUCUGUGCUGCCCUGUGGGGCAGGGAUAUGGCCUGACGGAGACGUGUGGCGCUGGCACCAUCACCGAGGUUUGGGACUACAGCACAGGAAGGGUUGGUGCUCCACUGGUUUGUUCCGAGAUCAGACUGAAGGAUUGGGAAGAAGGUUGUUACUUCAGCACAGAUAAACCCAACCCACGAGGGGAGAUCUUGCUUGGCGGCCCCAAUGUAACGAUGGGCUAUUACAAGAAGGAAUCCAAAAAUGGUGAGGACUUUUUUGUGGAUGACAAUGGACAGAGGUGGUUCUGCACUGGGGACAUUGGAGAAUUUCACACCGAUGGAUGCCUCAAGAUCAUUGAUCGCAAAAAGGACCUUGUGAAGUUGCAGGCAGGUGAAUAUGUCUCUUUAGGAAAAGUUGAAGCUGCUCUGAAGAAUUGCUCUCUCAUUGACAACAUCUGUGCCUAUGCUAACAGUGACCAGUCAUACGUGAUCAGCUUUGUGGUGCCAAACCACAAGCAGCUAAUGGUGUUGGCAGAGCAGCUGAAGGUUAAGGGCACGUGGGAGGAAAUCUGUAACAACUCCCAGUUGGAGAAGGAGGUCCUCCGCAUCAUUACCGAGGUUGCUAUCUCAGCAAAACUGGAGCGGUUUGAGAUUCCCAAGAAGAUCCGACUGAGUGCUGAAGCCUGGACCCCGGAGACUGGCUUGGUCACUGACGCUUUCAAACUGAAACGCAAGGAGCUUAAAACACACUAUCAGGAAGAUAUUGAGAGAAUGUACGGUGGAAAAUAGCACACAGACACACUCCAAACAGCACAAAAACAUAUACACUUCCAUGUACAAAGGUCAGAAGCCGUUACGUGGACUAUUUGGAGAGGAGUUACAGUAAGAAAAUACACACACUCCUGUCAAUACAAAAGCGUCUCAUACUCUGCUUCCUUGCUUUGAUCAAAGGAAGAGGGAAAACUCUCAAAUCCAGCUUAAGAUUCUCAAUCGAGAUUAAAUGGCCGAAGGUCCCUAACAAAAAAAACGGAACCAGCCAUACUCGCUCACAGUGCCAUCCACUCAUUGCUCCUCUGUGAUGAAUUUAGUCCUUUGAGUUGCUAUGACGACCGAGGCGGCACAUGUAGUCGGACGUCUCCAUAGCUCGAAGUGAAGCAAAUGUCAAGCUAGGCGACUCUGGAUCAAUGUCAGCGCAUCCUCCCUGUUGCUUCCCGUCCUCCCCUGCUGUUCUGGGGCCUUUCAAUAGUUCAGCAUCAUGAUCGUGGAUCGUAUGUCAGAUACCGAGCAGGGAAAUGUGGUAUCGUGAGCCUGACAGCAGGAUCCCUCAUGGGACUUAAAGAUAAUUCAGGUUUGAAUUAAAUGCAGGGAUCUCUUAUCUUUUUUUAUUUUUUUAUUUUAUUUUAAUGUUUCGCUGUGUUUACGUCGUCUUUGAUUUGUCAGCUUUGAAACCUAAGGGAUGAGUAUUGUAUCACGUAUGAGGAAUCUGUGUCACUAAGCCAAGAGAGAUUGAGCUUUAGGAUGUUCUCAGAUGUGUUUUGUUACUGUUAUAGGGUUUUAUAAUGAUGAGCAUUCUUAUUUCUUCAUCUGCUUGUUGUUUUUUUUUUAUUGUCAUUCUGUAUAUGCUAGUCUUACAUUACUGAGCGUUGCUGUUUUUUACCCCUUGUUUGCCUGUUUCUCAGCGUUUCUACAUUGGAGUGUGUGUGUUUACUGACUAGCAGAGGCCAUUUCAUUUUCAGUCCCUUGUGCUCUUGGCUAUUGCGGCGGGUCAAACAUCAAUAGGAGGAGUCAUCCUUUGGGGAUUUUUCCAGUUCUGCCGGCUGCCCUGAGCCUAAUGUUUCUCCAUAUCUGAGCAGCUUGUGUCUUAUUGGCUAUUUUGUACAGUGACCUUGCCACAUAUUGCUCCAUUGACCAGUGCACCAUGCCGUCUCUGAGGGAACGUACCCAUCGGAGAAAAAUAGGUUAGAAAACUGUGUCUGUUUGUUACAAGCGUAGAUUUGACCCUUUUUGUCACAGAUCUAGUUACUGCUGAUGUUUUACCAUUUUACUUCUAUAUAUAUUAAAUACAAAAUGAAUGUGCAAUACUACACAAAUUUAAUGUAAACUAUAUAGGAAGGAGAAAAAUGCACAACCUCUUUGUAUUGUAUACGUUUUACCUAUUAAUAAUAUCAGGAAUAAAGUAGGAGUAAGUUAAACAGUAGAGAGAUAAAAGCUAAAUGUAUCUUAUUUGAACAUACUGUGCUGAACAUAGACAAUAGACUGUUCCAUAUGUCAAUUUAUAGAUAAAUUAUUUGACAUAGAAACUUGCAUGAUAAAGUGUGCAACUGUACCAAAGCACCUGAAACCAGAGGAUAGCACUCCAGUCGAACAACUGAAGGAAUUACUGAUACACUCCACGUUUAGUUGUGAUUGCGUAGCGUAGGCUCACGUCACACAGUGCUAAUAACAUUCCUGUAUCUCCAAACUGAUUCAUGUGUAUGAUACUGUAUGUACAAUGUAUAUAAAAACAACUGCAUUUCUUGGAUUCUGUCAGUUCUGCCAUUUAUUUGAACUUGUCCGACAUAUCCAUUCAUGAAGAAUGGUGGCGAUGAUUUAAAUAGCAUCACUAUUAGUGAGGUGCUUGCUUCAGUAUUUCUUCUCCAGGUUUAUGGACAUAAGAUGUUUGAUCCUUAAUCCUUUACAAGGGUAACAUCUUCCUUUAUGUUUGUUCUGAAUGCUAACUUUGCUUUGCUUGUACAACCGACAGUGUACAGUCAGGUACUCAUGUAAUGGAUGUCUACUAGCUUCAUACAGAAGGGUUAUGUAGCAUGUAGAGAUUUCACGAUACUAUUGUGACCUUCCUGUUGUAGGAUUUCUCUCCUCUGACGUUUCGGUGAAAAGUCAGUAGCUUAGUGUGUUGUUCGCUGCUUUGAGAGGCGGCUAGUUGCCUUCUGACACACGGGCUGUCUUCAGGGGUCUUAAGAAUGUGAAGCCCUCCCUGCAAUCCGUUGAUAGCACACAUGCCAUGUACUACUAACGACACCCACUUGAACUCGCGGCAAGACAAAGACGGUGAACGGGGCGGCUUUCACCGCUCCUGCUGUUUCCACUUGCAUUGUAAAUAUGUUAAGAAGGGAUGUUGAACAAAGCUCAUGAAAUACCAAUAACUGUACAGGUGUAAAGCUUCCUGUUAAUGUGUUAACAAUGUGUUACUGACCGGUUUUGAGGUCUCCUCCUUAUUUAGUGUGGUGAAGUGAUCCUGAGAGCCGGACCGUGUCUGCUUUCUUUAUUUAUUUGUCAUUUGGCCUUGAUAAUUAUGUAUUGCAAUAAAGAGUUUGUGUUUAAAUAA